CUUCGGCCUCUGGUUUAUCUUCCCCUGACCUUGUAGUCAUAGUUUGCCUAGCGGUGAGUGGAGGUGACUCGGGUCUGGAUGCAGGAGGAGCUCACUGCUGGAGUCCUGAAGUUUCCCAGGCACGGAUGCGGCAGUUUCAACAGGGACAAUCUCCAUAGAACUCCUCAUGGUGUCAUACCAGAAGUGGAAUUCCUCGAUCAAUUCUUUACAGUUCUAACCAUGGACCAUGAACUGGUGACAUUCAGGGAUGUGGUCAUCAGCUUCUCUCAGGAGGAGUGGGAAUAUCUGGAUUCUGCUCAGAGGGACUUGUACUGGGAUGUGAUGAUGGAAAAUUACUGCAACUUGGUCUCACUGGACUUGGAAUCCAAGUAUGACACAAAGACUUUAUCUGUAGAAAAGGACAUUCUUGAAAAAAAUAAUUCUCAGUGGGAAGUAAUAGAAAACAGUAAAUUAGUUGGCCUUCAGAACUCCAUUUUUAGAAAUGAUUGGCAAAACAAAAGGAAGAUUGAAGUACAAAGACCUGAAGUGGGAUGUUUCAGUCAAAUAAAAAUCAUCUCUGAAAAGGUGCCCAGUUACAAAAAUUACAAAUUUCUUACAUUACAUCAGAGAUUUCAUGAUAGCAAGAAGCCCUUUGAAUAUAAGCAAUAUGGGAAGGUCCUUAGUUGUGAAUUAAGCGUUGAUGAAUAUGAGAAAAUACAUAGUGGUAGAAAAACCUCUGAAUGUAGUAAAUAUUGGGAAACCUUUGGAGUAGAUGACCCCCAUACCCUACAACUGAAUAUUCAUACUGGUGUGAAACCUUGUAAAUGUAUGGAAUGUGGGAAUGUAUUUAGUUUUUAUGAAGACCUUAGUGUACACCAUGAUGAUCAGAAGUGCUGUAAAUGUAAGGAAUAUGGAAGGACUUUUAGAAGAAUUGAAGAAAUCACUUCAUUUCAAAGAAUUCAUGAAUGUGAGAAACCAUAUGAAUGCACUUUUUGUGGGAAAUCUUUUAGAGUGCAUACACAACUUACUAGACAUCAGAAAAUCCAUACUGAUGAGAAACCUUACAAAUGUAUGGAAUGUGGCAAGGAUUUUCGAUUUCAUUCACAGCUAACCGAACAUCAGAGAAUUCAUACUGGUGAGAAACCAUACAAAUGUAUUCAAUGUGAGAAGGUCUUUAGAAUUAGUUCACAGCUUAUUGAACAUCAGAGAAUUCAUACUGGUGAAAAACCUUAUGCAUGUAAACAAUGUGGGAAGACUUUUGGAGUCUGUAGAGAACUUGCCCGACAUCAAAGAAUUCAUACUGGUAAGAAACCCUAUGAAUGCAAGGCAUGUGGAAAGGUCUUUAGAAAUAGUUCAUCCCUGACCAGACAUCAGAGAAUUCAUACUGGCGAGAAACCAUAUAAAUGUAAGGAAUGUGGGAAAGCUUUUGGAGUAGGUAGUGAACUUACUCGACAUCAGAGAAUUCACAGUGGUCAGAAACCUUAUGAAUGUAAAGAGUGUGGAAAGUUCUUUAGACUUACUUCAGCUCUUAUUCAACAUCAAAGAAUUCAUAGUGGUGAGAAACCAUAUGAAUGUAAGGUAUGUGAGAAGGCUUUUAGACACAGUUCAGCCCUUACUGAACAUCAGAGAAUUCAUACUGGAGAGAAACCUUAUGAAUGUAAAGCAUGUGGGAAGGCCUUUAGACAUAGACUUUCUCUAGUUGCACAUAAGAAAAUGCAUACUGCAGAGAAAUCACAUGAAUGUACUGAAUGUGGUAAAGUGUUCUCUCGAGUCUCAUCCCUUACUCUACAUUUGAGAAGUCAUACAGGAAAGAAAUCAUAUCAAUGUAAUAAAUGUGGAAAAGCCUUUAGCCAGAAAGGAAACUUGCUUACUCACCAAAAACAUCAUACUGGAGAGAAACCUUAUGAAUGUGGGAAAGCUUCUAUUCAGAUGUCAAGCCUUAUUAAACACCAGAGAAAUCAUAUUGGAAACAAACCCUAUGCAUGUAAGGAAUGUGGCAAAGCCUUCAGUGGCAAAUCAUAUCUCUCCGAGCAUGAGAAAAUUCAUACAGGAGAGAAACCCUUUGAAUGUAACCAAUGUGGAAGAGCCUUCAGCCAGAAGCAAUACCUCGUCAAACAUCAGAAUAUCCAUAGUGGAAAGAAACCCUUUAAAUGUAAUGAGUGUGGAAAAGCCUUUAGCCAGAAAGAAAACCUCAUUAUCCAUCAAAGAAUUCAUACUGGAGAGAAACCUUACGAAUGUAAAGGGUGUGGGAAAGCUUUCAUUCAGAAGUCAAGCCUCAUUAGACAUCAAAGAAGUCAUACAGGAGAGAAACCUUAUAUAUGUAAGGAAUGUGGAAAAGCCUUCAGUGGCAAGUCAAACCUCACUGAGCAUGAGAAAAUUCAUAUUGGAGAGAAACCCUAUAAGUGUAAUGAAUGUGGAACAAUCUUUAGGCAGAAGCAGUACCUCAUUAAACAUCACAAUAUUCAUACAGGAGAGAAACCCUAUGAAUGUAAUAAAUGUGGAAAAGCCUUCUCUCGAAUCACAUCACUUAUUGUACAUGUGAGAAUUCAUACAGGUGAUAAGCCUUAUGAAUGUAAAAUAUGUGGGAAAGCCUUCUGUCAAAGCUCAUCUCUUACUGUGCAUAUGAGAAGCCAUACAGGUGAGAAGCCCUAUGGUUGCAAUGAAUGUGGGAAAGCCUUCUCUCAGUUCUCAACUCUUGCUCUGCAUAUGAGAAUCCAUACUGGAGAAAAACCUUAUCAGUGUAAUGAAUGUGGGAAAGCUUUUAGCCAGAAGUCACAUCAUAUUAGACACCAGAGAAUUCAUACUCAUUAAAGCUCUAUGAAUGUCUUGAAUUUAGGAAAACCUUCAAUAGAAGUCAUACUAAACAGUAUAUCAGAAAAUUCAUUUUACAGUAAAGUGACAUGAAUAUGGAAAAGCCUACAGCAACAACUCAAAAUGUAAUACACUGAGAAUUUAAUAACUAUCAUACUAUCAUGAAAACCUAUACCCCCAAUAGCCCCACAACAAACAUGUUCAUGCUGGACUUUUAGGAGCAUUUUCAUUAAGGAUCCAGUCAUGGACACUAAUCCACAUGGUUCUAGAAGGCCUACCUGAUAUAUUCAGACAAAGAUAUGCAAGGUGUAAAGAUGUGAAACAAAGACAAAAUUGUCAUUUUUUUGUUACAUGUUUUACUACAUGUAUAACCAUCAAAAUUACUUGCUCUUGAUACAGUAAUAGAAAACAAAGACUGUGACAGGAUAUUAUAUCCAGAAAUAUAUGCAUGUUUGUAAGGGAAAUUGACAGUUCAUAGAGGUGGUAAUCUCAAUUUGGUAGAAAAAUCUGGAUAAUUCAAAAAAUGGUCUCAGGGUAAUUGAUUCUUCAUGUGGAAAAAUACUAGAUCUUUGCUGUUGUCAUACAUUAUAAAGUAUUUAUUAAAAAAUUCAAAAGUAUUGAAGACUAGAACUCAAAGAGCAAAACUUAAUAAUAUAAGAGUUUUGUAGGAGAAUUUUUUUUUCAAACUUUGGAGUAGGAAAGAAUUUUGAAAACACAUUCCAGAAUACCUACUCUUGAGUAUAUAUACAUAUAGUGAAGAAAAUGAUCCAUGUACCCAGGGAGUCCUGUAUCUUUAAUGUUCAUUGCAGCAUGAGUUAUAUUAAUAUAGCAAAAAAUUGGAAACAAAUGUCUGUCACUUUGGAAAUGAUUGAUAAAAUGUGAUGUAGUCAUCCUGUAGAAUACUCUCUAGCAGUUAAGUAUAACAAAUUAAAUCUAUAUGUAUUAACAGAAAGAUCUGAAAGUCAUGUAGAAUGAAAAUGAAGUGUUGAAUAUAUUAUAACUAUACCUGUGUGAGUUUGAAUUAAAUCAACACUAACCAACACUAGUAUUAAAGCAUUGGUUAUGGGUAGACAUUUUUAUGUAAAACUAUGAAGAAUGGAUUGGAAAGAUACACACUCAAUUCCUAAAAGUGGUUGUCUCUAGAAAGGAAGAGAGUAGAAGGGAAAUGGGGCCAAUCAUGGUGGAUGAAUGAUACUUCAGUUUUGUAUCUAAAUAUCUAUCUCAUUAAAAAAAUAAAGAUUCCAAAUAAAUAUGAGAAAACAUUAGUUGAUUCUCGAUUGUAAUAAUAUAUGUUUGUUCUGUUUAUGCUGUUUCUUUAAAACUUCUGAAAAUUAAAAAAAUAGGGAUAGGAGUAGGGAGACUACAUGGAAUACAUGUUAUAAUGGACUUACAUUUCCAAUUAGAUGCAGAUAUUUUGCAAAAAAAAUUUCUGAAAUCAUAUCUUUACUAUAAAACAUGAGAUAAAAUUUUAAUGGUAACUUAACAUCCAUUUAUUUAAAUUUACUGUCAAAUGUUGUAUCACUAAUCUCUGUGGUCUCUGAGAGCAUGAUUUUGCAACAGGUGAUUGAAGCACAUUAAUUUAAGGAUCAUAUUACUUUAUAAUACAUGCACAGACUUGUUAGAAAUAAUUAGUUUUUCAGAAACAUUUAUCAGAAAUUUUAAUAGGCCACAUAACCAGUUCUGGUAUUAGAAAUUAGACAUUUUAAAAAUGAAGAAAACAUGUUACUCUUUUUUUUUUUUUUUUUUGUAUGACACCAAGUAAAACAACUGUUGCAUUUCAGCUUCAGUUUUUAAUUCAGACUAGUUAUUUUCUCUAAUUUGCCAGACACAGUCAGCUCCCCCACCCCACCUCUAGUUUGUUUCCUUGGGGAAAAUUGAACUGAAAAGGGAGAUCUCAGACCUAAAGAGAAUUCUCUUAUUAAAAGCAAAUCUUUUUGAGGAUUUUUUAUUCUUUACCACAAUAACUUGAUAUAUAGAAACAGUUAAUGCUUCUUUUGAAUAGUGAUAAAAGUGAGUAUGUAACAUUUAAAUCUUAGGCUCCUUUCAAAUAUAUUGAUGUGUUUUAAACUCAGAAAAAUACUAUGCUAAUAUAACUAUAGCACUGCACUGCUUGUUACUGGCAUUUUUGAAAUUUGGUUUUAAGAUUAUAAAUGCCAUAGGUUGACUUUGUGAGGUAAUGUAGCCAAGUAACAUAUAUGUGUAUCUACAUGAAUCUAAAUUAUCCUCUUUUCUUCCAUUUUUCAUUAAACAUUCUCUGAUAUUCCUUAAGUAUUACACCCUUGUGCUGGUACAUCUUUGAAGUCACAGAGCAACUAGGAACUCUAAUCCAGACCAAACUAGGAUUACCAUUUAGUGCAUAUAGUUGGCCAGUGUCACGGCCCAGCAACAAGAAUGAUUAUAAUGGUCAGGUAGAGUAAGAUAAGCAGAUGCUGCAUGGUAUUCUGUGAUAGUGCGUACUGUGUAUUUAUUCAGCCAUCCUCCCUGCUGAUUCAACUUGUUACUAGUUAUUUACCAUGACAGACGACACAAGUAAACACCCUUACAAGUGGCCCUCACAUUUUAGGUAUUUUUAUUUCCAGGGGACAGAUUAUAGGCAAGAGACUGCUAGAUCAAAGGAUACGUGCUAUUUUAAAAUUUUAGUAGAUGCUAUCGGUUAUUUUCAAAACAAGUUUCCUCCAGCUACACAAUAGGUGGUAUUAUACUAAAAUUCAUGUUUGUCUGAUGAGUAUAAACCUCACUUGUUCCUAGAUUUGCUUCUUUGUAAACUUUCAUAUUGUUAGCCUAUAUUCCUAUCGGAUUAUUUAUCUUUUUGUCAGUUUUGAAGAUCUCUUUCCAUAUUAGAUAUUAGGAAAUGUAUGGGUCAGUUAUAAAGAUACUUUAAUCUUUACAUUAUAUAUGUUAUUUCUUAGGUUUUCUUUCAAGUUGUCUAUUUCCUUUUUGUAAUAGAUUAAUGUUUAACCUAUCUGGAAUUGAAUUUUUUUUUAGAAUUGAAUUUUUAAUUUAUGAGGGUUCAUUUUUUUUCUUCCAGAUGGGUUGCCAGUUGUACAAGCACAAUUUGUUAAAAUAAUCCAGCAGGCAGUUUAGGGUCAAACAGCUCUGACACCUGCAUGUCCACCAGAAACAAUCACAGAUUUGAACUGGCAAUCAGAAAGAGGAAGAGGGAUAACAGAAUAAGCUUUAACCUAGCAUUAGGUUUAUUAUUAGCUUUGUCCUAACAAGAAAAUAUCUUUACAGCAUGUUCAUCAGAAAGUCUUGCAAGUGCUCAAGCAAGCACAGCUUCCACUGCCCCACACUGCACAGAGGAGACAAGGUCAGAAUAGGUGUGGUUCACCUCAGCACUGGAAGACUAACAUUCUCAUCCAGCACAUUCGUCGAGCAGGGCAUCUGCAUGGUGUGCCACCAUCAAAUGGGGUGCACUCACUUGUAACAGGGAUAACCACUUAAGCACAGGGAAGCUACUACCUUGGUUUCUCAAGACUUAUGAUGCCUAAGUUAUAUAGGCAGUUAGUGUCUACAUGCCAGUUCACAGUUCAUCCCAUCCAGGUACAGGCCACAAAUGAGAGAUUUCCAGUAUUUUCUUCAAGGAAACUAGUAGAAAAACAAAUCUAAAGUCCUCUUUUCAGGGAUGGGUCAGUGGGAACGGCCUCUUAUUACUUUGAUACCAUACUUUUCCUAUUCAACUAAAACUUUGCUAUGUAAUUCUUCACCCAAAUGAUCUUUUAUUCUACUUUAACUGACUUAUAUUUUGAUUUACACCAGGAGUUAUUUAUAUUAUCUUGCUUCAUUCAUCUAUUUUUCUAUUCCUAUACUAACAUUAAUGGAUAAUGUUAACAUUAGCCUUAUUGGAUUCUGUUACUGUAAGUCCCCCACUCCUUGCUGUUUUUCAGUUUUAUUGGCUAAUCUUCAUUUUCUUUCUCUAUAAAUGAAGGUAGGUCUUCUCAAAUUAUAAAAACCCUUUGAAAUUCUAAUUAGAAUUGCCUUAAGUGUAUACAUUUGGGGAGAAAUGAUAUUUAUGAUACUAUCUUCCUGUCCCCAAAUAUAAUAAGCCUUUGCAUAGGUUCAAAUUGCAAUUCCCAUCCUUCAGCAUGAGAAUUCAGAACAGAGUAAAGCCCAUCCCUGCAUAAUACCAUUAAAGAUUUUUGUUAGUUGAGUUAAAUAAGGAACCCCAGCCCAGCUCAGAAUUCAUGUGCUGAAGCCCUAGUGCCUAGCGUGAUGGUAUUUGGAGAUAAGGUCUUAGAAAAUUAAUUACAUUUAGAUGAGGUCAAGAGGAUGGUACAGUCCUGGUGGAAGUAAUGCCCUCAUAAGGAAUGGGGCAUUGUGUGUGCACCAAAAAAAGGCCAUGUGAGCAGAGUGAGACAGUAGCUGUCUACAAUCCAGGAAAUGGACCUUUUCCAAAUCUGCCAGCACUUGCUAUUUGGGGCUUCUCAGCCUCUACAACUGUGAGAAAUAAAGUGUUGUUUAAGCCACUCA